AUGCCUCUCCAAACCCACGGCGUUGGUGCUUCCACCGUCCACAGUGCAAUCAAGCGCCUCACAGACAACCUCGUGAACAUCAAAGACACCAGCGGGCAUUUCCUCCUCAGGCUUCCCGAUGGUCGCGUCAUUGACACAAAAGGCUGGAAUGAUUGGGAGUGGACGCAUGGCAUCGGCCUGUACGGAUUGUACCAAUACCAUACGUUGACUGGCGAUGCGUCGAGCCUCGAUAUUGCACGGUCCUGGUUCGAGAAGCGCCUCGCCGAUGGCACAACCAAGAACAUCAAUACGAUGAGUGUGUUCCUUACGCUAGCGUACAUGUACGAGGAUCCGAACACGCGCAAUGCGGCCUGGUUGCCUUGGCUUGAGACAUGGGCUGAAUGGGCAAUGCAUGACCUGCCACGCACACCGUUCGGUGGAUUUCAGCACAUCACAUACCUCGAGGAAAACAAAGAUCAGCUGUGGGAUGAUACUUUGAUGAUGACGGUAAUGCCAUUGGCCAAGAUUGGAAAGGUCCUUGGGCGACCUGCGUACAUCGAGGAAGCGAAGCGACAGUUUAUGGUCCACAUGCAAUUCUUGUUCGACACGAGUACCGGCCUCUUCUUCCACGGAUGGCAGUUCGACAAGAGCGCACCCGGAGGCUUGGGGCACAAUUUUGCAAGGGCCAGAUGGGCGCGCGGGAACAGCUGGGUUACGAUUGUGAUCCCGGACUUUAUCGAGCUGUUAGACUUGGAAGAGAAGGACCCGUUGCGCCUCUUCCUGGUGGAUGUGCUGCAGGCGCAGUGCCGUGCUUUGAAGGAGCUUCAGACGGAGGAUGGUCUUUGGCGGACGCUACUCGAUGAACCGGAAUCUGCGGGUAGUUACGUCGAGUCUUCAGCCACGGCAGGAUUCGCUUAUGGUAUACUGAAAGCUGUGAGAAAGCAUUACAUCGGAAAAGAGUACGAGGAAGUCGCCGUGAAGGCGAUUAAGGCAGUGCUUGGAAAGAUCAGCAAUGAUGGAGAGCUCCUCGAUACGAGCUUUGGAACUGGUAUGGGCAGGGAUUACAAGCACUACUUUGACAUUGAGAGGACCAGUAUGCCAUACGGACAGGCAAUGGCCAUCAUGUCGCUGGUGGAGUUUUCGCGGACCUUUAUAUGA